GCGCGGUUACGGCCUGCGAUUUGCCAGCCCUCCAAGACAUGACGAUCUAGACACGAUGGGUACAAGUCGAUAAGAUGCGGUUACUGUCGUCCCAUGGCAGCAUGGAAUUACCCAUGGACGGGGUUGAUGAAAGCCAUUAAUUACCAUGAUACCGGUCCGACCAUGCGAACUUGAUUCCUAAGAUCGCUUUCUUUCUUUCCUUCGCAUUCGAAAACCCACUCAAUUACUGCGCUGAAAAGAUUUCCUUUCCUUUCUUCCAUCCAAUCCUUGAGAUCUUUGGCGGGGUUCUGCUAAUUCCUUGUUCAUCAAUAUUUCUCGAUACCUAUCUAGAGAAGUUGAAUGCAUAUAUUUCCAUAUUCCAUACUUAUUAUAUAGGAUGACAUCCUCAGGCCCUCGAAUUGCCAUUAUCGGCGCUGGUCCAGCAGGACUCAUGCUCGCGCGUCUCCUCACUCAAAAUUCGAUAUCUGUGACGAUAUACGAGCGCGAGCAAUCAGCCAAUUGCCGCAGUCAAGGAGGGACUCUCGAUCUACACGAAGGCAGCGGGCAGUAUGCAAUGCAGGAAGCCGGGCUAUUUGAUGAAUUUCUGAAAUACGCUCGAUAUGAGGGUGAUGAUCUCGUCAUGGCGGACAAGACUGCCGUUCCGCUGCUCGAUUUCCGUGGUGAGAAUCGUCAGGGCGAGACACGACCUGAAAUCGACCGGCGGGAUCUUCGACGGAUUCUCUUGGAUUCGGUUCCUGCAGACUGUAUCAAGUGGGAUCAUGCAUUGCAUGCUGCAAAUCCGGAUGGAACCCUGGAGUUCCAAACGGGGAAAAUCGAAGGGCCCUUUGAUCUCAUCAUCGGCGCUGAUGGAGGGCGCAGCAGCAUCCGUCCUCUCCUCACGGACGUCAAACCUUUCUAUUCCGGUGUCGCGGGUUUCGAACUCAAGAUCGCUGACGUCGAGGCCCGAUACCCUGCCAUUGCUGCGUUUGUCGGUCGAGGCAGUUAUUACUGCUGGUCGGAUGGCAAGGCCAUCCAGGCGCAGCGACUAGGCGACAAGAGCUUACGGGUGUAUGUCUGGUCAACCAAGCCAGAGACCUGGGCGAUCGAUCUACACGUCAAGACCCCAUCGACUGCAGUCCUGAAGGACAUCCUACUGCAAGAAUUCAGCGAUUGGUCCCCUGUCCUUCAGGGCUGGAUCAAAGCCGCUGACGAUGACCGUCGUCCGUGGACGCUAUACAUGCUUCCAACGGAUUUUCAAUGGGAUCACCGUCCCCGGUUCACUCUCAUCGGUGAUGCCGCGCAUCUGAUGACUCCUUUCUCCGGGGAAGGUGUCAACGCGGCGUUUCUCGAUGCGGUCGAGUUGGCGCGUAUGAUCGUCACAAAGAACGGUACCCGGUCCCCUGCGGACCUAGACGCAGCUGUCGUUGCGUAUGAGAGCGCACUUUUCCCUCGCGCCCACAGGACCAUGGAGGGUACUGCUGAUAAUAAGAGAUUGUUCUUCCGCGCAGAUGCACCACUGGGGUUUGUGGUGAAGAUUCAGAAACUGAUGCAAGGAUGGGGUACGGGGAAGGCCGAGACUGACAAGGCUGAAGCCAAUGGAAGUAAUGGAGUGGCGUGCAGCUGAAUGUCUGCUUUUCUUUUUCUUUUUUUCUUCCUCAUUUUUUUUUUUUUUUUUCUCGCGGAGUUGAAUGCGGAUUAUCAUCGAUAGGCGAUGGGUGUUUGUUGGGUUACUUGUAGACACUUUGUUAGGUAGUACUAGUCCAAUUGAAUCUAUUUUUUAUCAUAUUAAUAAGAGCAAACGAACAGAUAAUCUAAGAGGAUGUCCAUUGAUUAAUAUCUGAAUGUGUAGCGUUCUCGUGU